CUCGCUCUCACCACUGAGGCUCAUCUUUAGAUUUUGUGCGAUUGUAAAUGCGGUGUUACUGGAAGACCUCCGAUCAGCCUUUUAAAUCGGACUUUGCUGACAAACUUGCCUCCGUCUGCACCUGAGACUUAAAGAAAGGACGCGCAACUGAAGGCCGAUUGCUUUAAGACUGGACACAACUGCAAGUUGAUCAGACUCCCUAAAGCAUGGAUGUAAGGUUUUACCCCGCCGCUGCUGGCAAUGCCUUGAGUGGGGAUCCUUCUAACCUGGACUUUUCUCAGUGUUUAGACUACUACAGCUACAAGUUUGGGAAUAAUAACUACAUGAAUAUGACUGAAGCCAAUAAUGCUUUUCUCACUGCAAAUGAGACAUUCCAUACUCCUAGUCUUGGAGAUGAAGAGUUUGAGAUUCCUCCAAUUACACCACCUCCUGAAACAGACCCUGCGCUAGCCAUGACCGAUGUCCUGUUGCCAUUUCAAGUAAUGGGAGAAGCACUGGCUGCUCAAGGAAAUGAAUUUACACCCCAAUUUCCUCCUCAAAGUCUGGAUCUUCCUUCUAUCACUAUUUCUCGAAAUCUAAUGGAGCAGGAAGGUGCAUUACACAACAAUAGUCUGUCAUUGGACCAAAGGCAGGCUCAGAUGUCCCAGUACAGACAAGACCACUCAUUGAUUAUGAGGUCACUGGUUCAUAUGACUGAUGCAGCACGAGCAGGAAUAAUGUCUCCUAGUCAGCUAACCACAAUAAACCAAUCUCAACUCAGUGCCCAGCUAGGGCUCAACAUUGGUAGCACUGCCAUUCCACACACCUCUCCCUCUCCUCCUGCAAGCAAGUCUGCCACUCCUUCUCCUUCAAGCUCUGUUAAUGAUGAAGAUGUUGAUGAGACGAACAGAACAAUUGGGGAAAAACGAGCUGCCCCAGAUUCUGGCAAGAAACCUAAGACACCUAAGAAGAAGAAAAAGAAAGAUCCUAAUGAACCCCAGAAGCCUGUUUCUGCAUAUGCUCUCUUUUUUCGGGACACUCAAGCUGCAAUUAAAGGACAAAAUCCCAAUGCUACCUUUGGAGAAGUUUCUAAAAUAGUGGCAUCUAUGUGGGAUGGCUUAGGAGAAGAGCAGAAACAGGUGUAUAAAAGGAAAACAGAAGCAGCCAAGAAGGAAUACUUAAAAGCUCUUGCAGCCUAUCGGGCAAGUCUUGUAUCAAAGGCUGCAGCAGAAUCUGCUGAAGCUCAAACAAUCCGGUCUGUUCAGCAAACACUGGCAUCAACGAAUCUAUCAUCCACUCUUCUGCUAAAUACAUCACUUUCUCAGCAUGCAGCUGUCUCUGUGGCCUCUCAGAAUCUUCAGCAAUCAAUUCCUAGGGCAAUUGCACCUAAACCUUUAACCAUGAGGCUACCUUCAAAUCAGAUUGUCACUUCAGUCACCAUUGCUCCAAAUAUGCCGUCUAACAUUGGAACACCUUUGAUGAGCUCCAUGGGUGCCCCAAUGGUUGCCACCCCUCCUUCUUCUCAAGUGAGUCCAUCAUUGCAGAGUCAGCAACAUCAAAUUCAGCAGUUGCAGCAGCAGCAGUUGCAUCAAAUGCAGCAACAACAGCUCCACCAGCACCAGAUGCACCAGCAGAUUCAACAACAAAUGCAGCAGCAACAAUUUCAGCAUCAUAUGCAGCAGCAGCUCCAGCAACAGAAACAACAGCAGCAACUCCAGCAGCAAAUGCAACAACAACUACAACAUAUACACUUACAACACAUGCAGCAGCAGCAGAUGCAACAUAUUCAACAUCAGUCUCAGCUGUCUCCACAACAGCAGUCACCUGCUGGCUCCCAAUCUGGUGUACCCGCCCAGAUAGCAUCUCCUAUUCCACAUAUUAGCAGUCCAUCUCCAGUAUCUCAGCACCAUCAACCACUAACUCAAUCACAGGCACAGACUCAAUUGUUAUCCCAAGUCAGUAUUUUCUAAUACUUCAGUUGGUUUCACUUAGUUUCUUCCUCUCUUUAUGGGAAGGUGCGUACAUUGUAAAUUAUUUAUGUAGCUUAUGCUUGAAUGCAUAAUGGACCAAGUGAUUUUCAUAAGUGUCUAUUAGAUAGGCAAUAAAAAAUAUAAUGUAACUGUAAAUUAUAUUUUAGCAUCCAAUGAAGCAGCUUUCUUCAAAGUAAAUAAAUCUGCCCUGUUGUUUUUCAUGUGAUGCCUUUUCUAAGUUAUUGAAGAUUUUCCUACAAUAUGUGAAUUGUGUGGUCUAUAAAAAAAAAAAAAAAAAAAAAACUACCAGGAAAAUGCUGUAGAUUUCAGAACUUCUAUGCUGGACCCCACUGUGCAUUUUCUUAAGGGACUGUAAUGCAUUGUAAGCUAUUGAGAGAAAGACUUCAAACAUGCAUUUGUAACUACCUGUAAUGUGAUAAUUUCACAAUCAUGCAAGUGCAUUUGUAGAACAUAUGUAGUCAAUGGCAUUUUUGUCAUAUGAUAUAAUGUAAAUCACAGAUGUUUGCCAAAGUUCUUAUUUUGUCUAACUUUUUUGUGUAUGCUG